UAAACCUGUUUGGCGCCAAAGCGAGGAGGCGAGGCUGCGCGCUUUGGAGCUCUCAACAAUACAAGUGCCGCGGCCGAGAGCCCAGCGACCGUUUGGCGUGACUGGACUUGGCAGUUGACAGGACCGCGGGACUCGGGAGCGUCGGUCAUGUUCUGCGAAAAGGCUAUGGAGCUUGUCCGCGAGUUACACCGCGCGCCGGAAGGGCAGCUGCCGGCCUUCAACGAGGAUGGACUCAGACAAGUUCUGGAAGAGAUGAAAGCUUUGUAUGAACAAAACCAGUCUGAUGUGAAUGAAGCAAAGUCAGCUGGACGAGGUAAUUUGAUACCAACCAUCAGAUUUCGGCAUUGUUCUUUGUUAAGAAACCAACGCUGCACUGUAGCAUAUCUGUAUGACCGGUUGCUUCGGAUUAGAGCACUCAGGUGGGAAUAUGGCAGUGUCUUACCAAAUGCUUUGCGAUUCCACAUGUCUGCUGAAGAAAUGGAGUGGUUCAACCAUUACAAAAAGUCUCUUGCUACUUACAUGAGGGCACUGGGAGGAGAUGAAGGCUUGGACAUCACACAGGAUGUAAAACCCCCCAAAAGCCUAUAUAUUGAAGUGCGGUGUUUAAAAGACUAUGGAGAAUUUGAAGUUGAUGAUGGCACUUCAGUCCUGCUUAAAAAAAAUAGUCAGCACUUUUUGCCUCGGUGGAAGUGUGAGCAGUUAAUCAGACAAGGGGUUCUAGAGCACGUGCUGUCCUGACUGCGUCCUUGAUGACAACAGCAGGGUACUUCAGGCUCUGCCAGGUGUGAAGCUGAGUCUAGCUCAUGUAAAUAUCCUCACUGGACCUCCCCUCCUUCUUUGACUUUAAAUUUACAGACAUGCUCUAAGAUAACCAUGAAGGGCGCUUGGGGUGUAGCUCAGUGGUAGAGCACUUGCUUAGCAUUUGAGAAACCCUAGCACCUCAAAAGACAGGACAACAAAGUCAAAGAGCAGGUUAGACCAGGAGCCCUUGGCUAGUAGUAUCAUCUGCCAACUGUGAAGCCUUUGCUACAAUCUGUGUCUUCUGGUCAUUCCAUUCCCACAGUAAAUGCUCUCCUUUUAUAAAUAAAAAUAAAGUCUUUAGUUUGAAUCUGUUUUCAUGAUAUAUUUUUUCAAAAGUAACAAAUAUUUAUUUAAUAGAAGAUGUUGACAUCCAGGAGUAGGAAAAUAAAUGCUUCCUUAACAGUAGAAUAAGCCUCCAGGAAAGAGUUAUUUUGGCCAAGUGAAGGCUAAAGAUGAGGCUGAGCCUUCUUCAGGAGCUGUGGGAGACUGGAGGCUGGACAGUACUGAGUA